AUGGCUGAGUCAAUCUGCAAGCGCCUCACCUCUCACAUUCCGUCAUGGCCAACGGAAGAAGCGCUCAGGGCCCUCUCCAUGUCCUCUCGCAGCCCUCCCAUCGCAUCCAUCAACAUCGCGCUAAGGCAAGCUUCGUUUCUUCCCCAACUAAAUUGGUCCGAGACAUUCGUCAACCCGCCUCCAACACCUCUGAGCCAUCGUAAGCCAGUAAGUCACGCCCGUUGCCAUCUCAAAACUCACAAAAACAACAGCCCUCUUGUCCAUGCAGCUGGACAUAUGCUAAUGCUAAUGCUAGUCUUGAUCACAUCCCAUCACGUUAUUCCACCUUCCCGCCCGCACCCAAGGAAUGUCUCUCCGUCGCUCCGUGACGCUUCCAAUCACGAUUGA